CGUAAACUGAAUGUCGGCAGGCUUUGGGAGCAGAAAGAUGGACUUUUGGGAACGAUUUAUGCAAGAUGGGGGUGACAGCGAGGACACCGGAAACGCAACAUUUACCAACCUUUACAAAGAAAUUGUGUCUCCAACUUCGACAGGGAGAGAAAUUUCCGAUCAGGAUCGAAUCGACAAGAUCACCGUGAUUAUAAAUAAUCCAGACAUACACCCCAAACUUAUUGGGCACAAAGUUUCAAAAUUUCUUAGAGAAAACGGCGAUGCUUGGAGUGAAACUUGGAAGAAAAUUUGGAAAAAAAAAAAGAACAGCAUAACCGACAAUGAACAAAUUCGUCGCGAGUUAUUGGAAGAAAUUCAGAAAAUGAAGGAACAAAAGGCCAACGAAGACGUUAAAAACACGACGACAGAUCUUUUGCUAAAAUUAAUUGAAAUGUUUUUUCAACUUUCCGAAAUCUGGGAAAAUCUUAACUCUUCAGAUGCAAUUUUGAACAAAACUCGAGAAAAUACCCUGCAUAACUUUACUCUGGUACAGGCCUCGAUAGAAAAACUGGUCCGACUUCAGGAAGAUUUUAACACUGCCACAAACUUGAGUAAUACUCAGGCUGACGAUAUGCUGAAAGUGUUGGCACAAGAGUUAAUGGAUUUGGCAAGACUGUUGAACAAAACGCAGAAAGAUAUGGGUGUAUCGCGAAAUCAAAUUGAGCAAAAUAUUACCACCUUGGAGAAUGACAGAAGCGCGCUACAAUCAUAGAUGCGCGGACACUCAGUGGCGGACACUCGGUGCCGUCCACAGUGUCAGUGUCACUCAUUAUGGCCGAGUGUCGGUGGACAAGUGUCAGUGUCAGCCACUGUGGCAGAGUGUCAGUGGACACAGUGUCAGUGUCAGCCACUGUGGCAGAGUGUCGGUGGACACAGUGUCAGUGCCACUCGCUGUGGCCGAGUGUCGGUGGACACAGUGUCAGUGCCACUGAUUGUGUCCGAGUGUCAUAGGACACAGUGUCCAUAUAACAUGGGUGUCAGACACUGGGUGUCGUCCACAGUGUCAGUGUCAGCCACUGUGGCUGAGUGUCGGUGGAUAAAGUGUCAGUGUCACCUAUUGUGGCCGAGUGUCGGUGGACACAGUGUCAGUGUCAGCCACUGUGGACGAGUGUCGGUGGACACAGUGUCAGUGCCACUGAUUUUGUCCGAGUGUCAGUGGACAAAGUGUCAGUGUCUAGCUCAAACGCGCAUCUAUGGCUACAAUACAAAAUUAUUCCCCUCAAUUUUGUCGCCGCAAUUGUGGGGGGAGUCAAAUUAUGUUUGGGCCGAUGCUACCCAAGACCAUUGGAAGGUUGCCUGUGUUCUUGUCAUACUUGGGACUGGCGUUAUGGCCGUGAAGGGCGCAUUUUCAUGGCGCGAUUGUUCUCGCGCCGUUCAAAAUAACAAGAACGGACUGGACCUGUUGGAUGAGAAAGAGGAUGAAAGUUUUGAUGCGGACGAACAGUCAAAAACCAUCAGGACUUGGAUUAUCGAAAAGAGACAUAAAUUGGGGAGAACUUAACCCAUAAUUAAACUUUGUUAGUCUGACUAGUCACAGAAAAAGUAUAUUGCAAUAUAUGAAUUAAUUGUACCGUCCUUCUCCUUAGCUACCACAUGCUUAUGUAAAUAUAUCAAAGCCAUAUUAGCGAAACCAACCAUUUUCUUUAGAGAUUAUUUAUGUAUCGUUAAUCCAGUUAAAAAUGAGGUAUACAUUUUUAGCCUAUUAGACACAACUCAUGCAAUGUGUCGUUCAUAAAAAUCUAAACAUACUUAACCAUACAUUUGUAUUAAAUAGGAAAUAAAAUA